ACUAAUUAAAAAAUGUUGCAACAAUGUCACAAUUAUAAGCUACCUCAGUCAUUCAGACUCUUUGUCCUGACAGAAAUAAGCCUCCUUAGAUUAGAUGGUUUGCUAGCUAACUGUUUAUUGACCCAGCUACUAAGCCAACAUGAGUUUAGACACACUUUUUCAACAAAUUCUUUUAACUGAGCAACAGUUAGCAGAACAGACACAAAAAAUCAAGGAUGUCAAAAUAGCCAUCAUCAGAUGCAAUGAGAGGAUAAAGAGUGUCACUGAACAGUAUGGGAAGAGCAAAGAGGAACUUGAUGAAAAGGCUCAGCAGUUGUCUGCAAUGAGGCUGCAGUAUGACCUGGCAAAGAAAUAUGAGAACCAGAUGUUAAAGCAAAUUGAAGAGCUGCUCUGUCAGAAGAGCCACCUCAGGGAGCAUCUAAGCAAGAUAAAGAGGGCGGCUAAAGAAGAGGAGGAAAACUUCCUUCAAGAGAUCUCAAAGUUUAACAGUGACUUCAGUCUUAAGGCGAACAGAGAGACAGUCUUCAAGAGCCAAACUCACACUGUGCUCCUGGAUCUGGAGAAGGAGGUGGAAUCGAUAUACAAAGAGAAGGAGUUGAUGAGCUGCACAAACAGUCACAUGAGCUCCAUUGCGGAAGAGAAGAGAGCACUCCUGCUUGAACUACAGAGUCUGAAUGAUAUCGAUGAAGACCUGGAUCGUCAGCUGAGUGAGGCUGAAGCAAUGACAGAAUCUCUGAGAUCGGAGAGCCGGUUUGUCAGUCAGAAACCUCUCUCUGACAGCGCCUGUCUGAGGCUGAGGAAGGAGCUGGAGAUGCACAGAGAAGGACAACUUGAGCAUCUGCGAGAGGAACUAAGCUCAGAAAUUCAAUUCCUGCAGUCAAAGCUGGAGAGCAGCCAAGGGGCUGAGCAGUGUUAGUGUGUUUUUUGUCCCGUCUUUCUGCCUUCACCCUCAACCGUUUGUGGCAGAUGGCUGCCUCUCCCUGAGUCUGGUUCUGCCAGAGGUUACGUCCUACUAUCACCAAGUGCUUGCAUGCAGGGGGUCUUCACGUUGUUCGGGUUUUCUCUAUGUUAUUGCAGCAUCUUGGCGGUAUAAAGCACCUUGAGGUGACUGAUAUUUCAUAUCAAUAAAACUGUAUUGAAACGAACUGUUCCUUUGAUCUAACAGCAUGAGGGGGCAAUAUAAUAUUAGUAUUCAUUAUGAUACAUGACCACCGCCAGUGUAUAAACUUUAAUCUGGAUUUUUUCCUACUAACAGGUGAAAAAUAUUCAGAUAUUUUCAGGUUUUCAGUGCACAAGGGUUGUGAAAAUAACUGCUAUAACUGUGAGGCACUGUGAAAAUGCAGGGCCUCUAAAGAAACUAUGCAAACACAUUUAUGUCCAUAUGCACAAAUGCCAGAAAAAAAACACUCCAUGUUAAAGUAUUUAUUAAAAUGUUUUUACUGCAGCAGGAGGUCCCUUUAUACCCCAUUUUUCAUGACAUGGUUCUCUAUAAUGUUUAACCACAUACAAGACAGGCAUACUUCAGCUCUCCUUGUAUGCCUUUACCCUUCAGCUCAGCAGAAAAAACUUCAAGAGUGCGAUUCUGCAUUUGAAUGUUGCUCUUGGUUGUUAUGCAGUCCUGAUCUUUUGGAAAA